AUGUCUGGACUUGGGAAGAAACGCACAGCAGCUGACAAAACUGGAGCUGCAGUAAAGAAAAAUGCAUCAGCCAGGGCUGGUCUGCAAUUCCCAGUGGGUCGUGUCUACAGGUUCCUUAAAAGAGGGAACUAUGCUAAAAGGAUUAGUCUUGGUGCUGCCAUCUACCUGACAGCAGUGCAGGAGUACCUAAGCGCAGAGAUCCUGGAGAUGGCAGGGAAUGCUGCACACGCAAGCAAGAAAGUCAGGAUUGCACCCAGGCACAUUAUGCUGGCUGUGAGAAAUGAUGAUGAGAUGAACAAGCUCUUAGCUUGUGUGACCAUUGCUCAAGGAGGGGUUAUGCCAAACAUCCUUGACGAGCUCCUCCCCAAGAGAACUGUCAGAAAUGCUACUUUUUCUCAGGAACAUGGUGGUAGCCAGUGA